AGACCCUGUCUCUUUACUCUGGAGGAGAAAAUAAGCAAGGUCAGUGAAUAAUUUCCUGAUGACGGGCCCCAAGGCCUACCUCAUCUACUCCAGCAGCGUGGCGGCCGGGGCGCAGAGCGGCAUCGAGGAGUGCAAGUUCCAGUUUGCCUGGGACCGCUGGAACUGCCCUGAGAGGGCACUGCAGCUCUCCAGCCACGGCGGGCUGCGCAGCGCAAACCGAGAAACUGCUUUUGUCCAUGCCAUCAGCUCUGCAGGCGUCAUGUACACACUGACCCGGAACUGCAGCCUGGGGGAUUUUGACAACUGUGGCUGUGAUGACUCCCGCAAUGGACAGCUGGGGGGACAAGGCUGGCUGUGGGGAGGCUGCAGUGAUAACGUGGGCUUUGGGGAAGCCAUUUCCAAGCAGUUUGUGGAUGCCCUGGAGACUGGACAAGAUGCCAGAGCUGCUAUGAACCUGCAUAACAAUGAGGCGGGUAGAAAGGCUGUGAAAGGGACCAUGAAGCGGACUUGCAAAUGCCACGGGGUGUCGGGAAGCUGCACCACCCAGACCUGCUGGCUGCAGCUGCCCGAGUUUCGGGAGGUGGGCACUUACCUGAAGGAGAGGUACCACAAAGCCCUGAAGGUGGAUCUGCUGCAGGGGGCAGGGAACAGCGCUGCCAGCCGGGGAGCCAUUGCCGAGACCUUCAGCUCCAUCUCAAAGAAGGAGCUGGUCCAUUUGGAAGAUUCCCCCGACUACUGCCUGGAGAACAAGACACUGGGGCUGCUGGGCACGGAGGGCAGGGAGUGCCUGAAGAGGGGCAAGGCGCUCAGCAAGUGGGAGAAGCGGAGCUGCCGGCGGCUGUGCGGGGACUGCGGGCUGGCGGUGGAGGAGAGGAGAGCAGAGAUGGUGUCCAGCUGCAACUGCAAGUUCCACUGGUGCUGUGCCGUGAGGUGCGAGCAGUGCCGCAAGAGGGUCACCAAAUACUUCUGUGUCCGCAAGGAGAAGCGGGAGCGCAGCGGGGGCGGCGGGGCCAGCCACAAGCUCAAGAGAAAGCUCUAACAUGCCUCUGCUCUCCUCCAUAGUCCUGCCUGACCCUCUCCCCUCCUCUCCUGCCCUCCCUCCACCUCCUCGCAGCCCCCUGCCACCCUUGGUUUAGUUUUGUCUCAUUCCUAAUGUCUCCUCGCCGGGACCUGGGCAAGGUCAUGAGCACUCAUAAGCCCCUGGGCCUUGGCCACACAGGGAAUCUUCUAUCAGUGCAGUGGGGGAUGACUUACGAGAAGAGCCUCAAGUGUUGACAAAGCAAGGUGAGAUUGGGCCCCUUUGGCCCAGAGUCACUCUAUCUGGUGACUGUUUUUGCCAUCAAAAACAAGUGGUCUCAGUGAGCUUGUCUGCUCCCUGAGCAAGCAGUUCAGAAUGGUAAUCCCAAAACCAGAAGAGUCUUCUAGUACCGCACUGAAAGGCACUAAAAUAAAAUUAUUGCCUU